CAACCUUUCUCCAGAACAUCUUAGCCCAAGGAUGGAGUCAAAGACGUAGGCAUGGCGGAACAGUUACCUGAUGAUGGAGAUCCGCCUGGGGCGGACGGAGGGGAGAAGGGGCGGGAAAGUCCGCAACUAGCCAAAACUGAUAUUGAAGACGACCUUGACGUACAGCGUAUUUUCGCCGACGCUUUAACGUAUAAGGCUCCUUUGGAGGAUUUGGAAUUGAUUAUUAAAUGUGGCGGUCGUGUGAACGAUCCAGUCAAGCGAGGGUUACGUCCUUUGCAUUACGCUUCUUACGUCAAUUUCGCGUUCGGCGUCCAGUUUUUGAUAGACCAUGGAUGUGACGUCAACAUUCAUGAUGAUAUUGGCUACACCGCCUUGCAUCUGUGCGCCAGGCGGGGAAAUUACGAAACUAUGAAAUUGCUGAUUGAAAACAAAGCUCACGUGAAUUACUGCGAUGCUGGGGACGAAGUGCAAGAAAAACUCCGUUCCUUGGGCUACCUGUCGAUUGAGCCGCUAAACUUAGCCAUUGAGAAUAACCACGUCGAGUGUGCUAGGCUUCUGUUGGAGAAUGGCGCCAAAGCAGACCACAGUUAUUUCAUGGGCUCUGAAAUUAACUUGGUGCCCCUGGAAAACUUGGCGUGUCUCGAACUGCUGCUACAGCACGGUGCUAACCCUAACACCUUCAACAGGUGUGGCCACUCGCCAUUGAUGAAGGCUUGUAAAGAACAUCAGAUAGAGGCUGUUCGGAUUUUGCUGGCCAAUGGCGCCGACGUCAACCUGUUAUGUCCGAGUCGUUUUGACACCAAGACGGCGCUGCACUUCGCCGUGCAGUCAGGGAACAUCGUCAUCACCGACUUACUGCUGAAGAAUGGCGCCAAAACGCGACGGACGUCGACGUUCAAAUACACGCCAUUGCACUACGCCGUUCUAAAGGACCGCGUAGAGCUCUGCGAGAUUUUGCUGGAUCGCGGUGCUGAAGUCGACGAACCGACAGACGAAGGGUGCACGCCCCUGAUGCUGGCUUGUGCAAGUCCUAAUCUCAAAAACCGGAUGGACAUCGUGUUGACCCUGCUGUGGAGAGGGGCGGACCCAAAUGCUCAUUCUAGUGAGUAUAGCUAUUCGGCGCCCUGCCUCUCGCCAAUCACCGAAUAUCUCAUUAACGUCUCCGAAGAAGUCUCCUAUGAAGUCAUACAAACUCUCCUCAAAUACGGCGCCAGGGUCACGUUCAAACCGGCGUCCCGCAUCCUGCGCAUGCGCGAUCCUUUCGGGAUCCUGCAGUAUGUUUCGAAUCUGAUAACCAAGCCUGAUAUCCUCGAGCUGCUGUUGAACGCGGCUGUCUCCUUUGACGUCGCGGCCAUUGCAAGAUCACGUGGUGCAGUAGCGGAAGUCAAAGACCUUCUCAUGCUGCAUGCGUCUACACCUCGUCCUCUAAAGCACCUGAUUCGAUUAGAACUGCGCAUGAUUCUGGCACCCGAUCUCCCGAAUAAGAUUAGUCUUUUACCUUUACCGACCAUUCUCAAAUCCUACUUGCUGUUUGAUGUCCAGUGAGAAGCUGUUUUAUUAUCGCUGACUUCCAGCGUCUGAUCAUAUAACUGCGACGCAUGUGCAGUCCAAUUAAAACUGAACCUUACGAUCAAGAAUAAGAACACCAUCCCAACAACAACAACAAUAUCCUCCUGUCAUAUCGUGCUGCUCUUCACAGCUGAAAAAAUAACCGUAAAUACUUUCACGAUAGAUUGAUAUUUUACAAAUUUUUUUGUCGUCUGUUUACGAAUGCUUUCGUAAAUAGUAUAUUAAUUUGUGUUAAUUAAUGUGUUGACAGAAAGUCUGUUGUCUGAGUCACGCUAGAAUGUAUUCUGUUAUUAUAACAUAAUACUUACGAAAUUGUAUUUGUGGGCCUUGCACGAAUAACAUCGCGAAUACAUCUUUAUAUACAGCCUUCUUACAUUACAUUGUAAAUAUCCUUUAGAUUACCUUACACAAGAAACCGAAAAAAGACGUCCAGCGAUCAUCUUGAUUCUGAGCUCUUUGUCUUUUUCAGAAACACUUUAGCUCAAAACAUGGCUUACAUGACCAAGAAACUGUCUUGAGGCAAGGUUACCUUGACUUUUUAAAUAAUUUAUUCAUUUUUGUAUUUGAUCGCCGUUUAACGCCAUACUACAUCUGUAUUAACCUGUGUUAUCACCUGCGUGGUUAUAAUUACGUUACCUUAUAAGCUAUUAUGGUUGAGAGCUGCAAGUGAAUUUUGAGCGCUGCGAAUGUGAAGACAUUAUUCUUUAUGGGAAACUAUCGUUUCGAGGCCUCCGUUACCUAGGUCUUUAGAUUGCCAGCGCGACGCAAUGAUCCAAGAGCCCUCCCCAAAGCGAUCGCUGUGAGUUCAAGUCCAGCUCAUGCUGGCUUUCUCUCCGGCCAUGCGUGAGAAGGUCCUGCAGAAACCUGAGGAUUGUCGUGGAUUUCACCUGGGGUCUGCCCGGUUUCCUCCCAAUAUAAUGCUGACCACCGUCGUAUAGGUGAAAAAUUCUUGAGUAUGGCGUAAAAUACCAAUCAAAUAAAUAAAUAAAUAAACAAUCCUUUAUGUAUAUUUAUUAGACUAAUUUCUGUUUGGUUUGUGGGUGGAGGUAACCGAACUGGUGGGAUUUAAUAAUUUCCCACUACCUUAUAACCAUGUCCAGAUAUUUUACUGAUUAGAAAUAACAGUAAAUGUGAACCAUGUUGUAUUUUUUAUUCAUUUUCCCGAGGGGUUGUUGAUAUUUGUUUGAUGCAAAGAUUUACGUCCCCUUGAUUGAAUAAAGCUGGUGAACUCCGUUCGGAACUUCAAUACACCUGAACAGACUCGUGUUUCGGUUUCCCUAGCCAAAGCGUUUUCUCGAUCCAAAGGUUUUAGAUCAUGAAUAUAACAAUAUCUUGCUUCGAAAGUGAAAUACAUGUGCAUAUAUAAAUUGUAAAAUUAAUUGUUAAACUUUUUUAACAGAAAAAUGUGACAUCGAUGUGAUGAAACAAAAUGUACAAACAAAUUUGUCAAUCUGUGAUAUAAUGUAGAUAUAUAUGCAGAUACAAAUAAAGAGUCCAUGCUUAUUGCCUUGUGAUCU